UUUUUUUUUUAUUCUUACAUUGCCAUACAAUUAUAUGUAUAUACAUAUAUAAACAUUUUCUUUUUUCUUUUUUUUCUUAUCAUGGAUAUGGGAACUGAUGAACAUGAACAACAAACAACAACGGAAACUACUGGACAUGGUCAUAGUCAUAAUCUAGAUCCUACUUUGUUUGAAGAGUUUGCUGCUACUUCUGAACCUCUAGGUACCAUUAUGAUUUUACAUAUAUUUAGUAUGGUUUUGGCUUUUGGUAUUCUUUAUCCUUUAGGUAUGGUUUUGGGAUUGGCCAAAAACAGGUGGCAUGUUCCAGUACAAAUAUUAGCCACUUCGAUAUUUAUCGUCGGUUAUUUUUUGGCUCAUGCUCAUGAUGGACGAAACUAUGAACCACAUAUCGCUCAUAGGUGGUUUGCAGAUAUUGUUAUAUGGGUAGUUUGUCUUCAAUUUGGUGCUGGUGUUUACCUAAAAUUACAUCUGGAACGUGGUAUUCAUGGUCGAAUUAGGAAAUGGUUUGUUCAACUUCAUAAAACAUUGGGUGCUUCUAUACCUGUGGUUGGUUAUGUACAAAUUGUUUUAGGUGUUAUUGCUACACUUGGGUUUUGUUAUGCAGAUCAUACUGGGCAAUGUUUAGCACAUUUUAUUAUGGGAUCUUCUUUCGUUGCUUAUGGUAUUUUAUUAUUACUCUCAUUACGUGUUGGUGGACCAUGGUUGUUACGACAAGGUAAAAGUCCUGAAUGGUAUGAUAGUUGGGUUAUCAUGUUAUGGGGAAUUGUCAACACUUUUACGGAACAUAGAUGGGGAACUUCUUGGACUCAUGGUGAUUAUCAACAUACAUCGAUGGGAAUCAUUUGGUGGGUAGCCGGUUUACUUGGUAUCCUUCUAAGUCGAAAAGGUAAGCGCACAGUCAUUCCUUCUAUCCUUAUCAUCUUGACUGCAGUGGCUUUCCAAGGUCAUGCUCAACAUGUACCAAACAGUGGACAAAUUCAUUCUUAUUUUGGUUAUAUGCUUAUGGCUGGUGGCCUUUCUCGUAUUAUUGAAAUCUGUUUUGUUUGGAAAGAAGGUGAUUUUUCCAUCAAUCCUUGGCAAUAUAUUCCACCAUUGACAUUGACAUUGGCUGGUUUCUUAUUCAUGGGAGCCACAGAAGAACAACUACAACUUUUAUCUACCAUGAUGAUUGAUAUUAGCUCUUACAGCAAUGUUUUACUUUCAUUUGGAUUUGUGAUGUUUAUGUUUGCCUUUUUACUAAUCACGCUCUGGGAACACCUGACUGGUUAUGAUGAAACACGCAAUCAAUAUUCUGAAGUACCGACGGAAAAUCAACGUACCAACAGCAGUAGUCAUGAUGAUGAUGAAGAUGAUGAUGAUAGUGAUGACAGACAUUUAUUGGAAAAUGAUUUUUUACAUGAUCAAGAUGCCGAAAUUUUGGAACUCAAGCCAACACAUAGAGUGGAAAAUGUAUAGAUAGAAUUUAUCUUAUUUUUCAUUUGACUAUGUCUCUUUCUAUUUUUAUUUAUUCAUUUAUUAUUAUCAUUAUUAUCAUUAUUUUAGUAUAGUUACCCAAAAAAAAAAAUAAUAAUCAUUCAUGAAAUAAAACAAAAAUCAAAUACAAAC